AUGUAUGUCCUCUUUGGGACCCUCCCAGGGGCGGCGGCGCCCCCAGAAAUCCUCUCAGGGGCGGUGGCGCCCCCAAGCACACUUCCAAAGGCGGCGGGGCCGCCAGGGACCCUCUCAGGGGCGGCGACUCCCCAGGGCCCGUCUCAAAGGCGGCGGCGCCCCCCAGGGACCCUCACCGGGCGACGGCAAAACCAGGAAGGGAGGCGCCCUCCAGAAACCCCCACAGACAGGGGCAUCUCCAGGGGUCUUCCCAGGGUCGACGGCAAAACCAAGUGCGGUAGCGCCCCCAGGGGUCAUGUCCCGGGUGCUGGCACCCACAGGGCUUAUCCCAGGGACGGCAGUAAUCCCAGGGACCCUGCCAGGGACGGCGGCGCCCCCAGGAGCCCUCGCAAGGACGGCUACGCCCCAAGGGGCCUUGCCAUGGCUGGAGGCGCCCCCAGGGCUCUCCCAGUGGCCCUGCCAGGGACACUGGCUUUCCCAGGGGUCCUGUCAGGGGCACUAGCGUUCCGAGGGGUCCUGUCAGGGGCGCUGGCGCCCCCACGGACUCUCCCAGGGACAGUGACGCUCCCAGGGACGGCAACGCCCCCACGGGCCCUACUAUGGGCGCUGGCGCCCCCAUGGGUUCUCCCAGGAACGGCGGCGCCCCAAGGCUCUCCGAUGGACAACGGUGAUCCCAGGGGCCCUCCCAGGGACAGCGGGUCUCCCAGAGGUCCUCCCAGGGACGACAGUGCCCCCAGGGGCCGUCCCAGGGACGGCGGCGCUCCCAAUGGUCCUGUCAGGGACGCUGACGUCCCCAGGGGCUCUUGGAGGGACGCCAGCGCCCUGACGGACUCUUCCAGGGACAGCGGAGCUCCCAGAGGCCCUCCUAAGGACGGCGGCACUAUUCUUUUAACCCAAGAAAUUACAGCCAAUAGGAGAAGAGAGCAGAGAGGGCCCUGCCAGGGGCUCUUAGGGACGGCAGUGCUCCUAGAGGCCCUGCUAGGGGCGGUAGCGACCCCAGGAGACCUGCCAGGAGCGCUGGUGCCCCUAGGGGACCUGCGAAGGACAGCGGAGCUUCCAGGGGCCCUGCCUGGGGGUAGUGACGACCACAGGGGCCCUGCAAGGGGCGCUGUUGCCACCAGGGGCUUUCCCAGGGAUAACUGCGCCCAAAAAAUUCCUCCCAGGGACGGCGGCGCCCUCAGGUGUCCUGUCAGGGACGGUGGCUACCCUAGGGGCCCUGCCAGGGACGGUGGCGCCACCAAAAGCUCUUCCAGGGAGAACUGCGCCCCAAAAAGUCCACCCAAGAACGAUGGCUCCCCCAGGUGCCCUGUCAGGGACGGUGGCGCCCCCAGGGGUUCUGCCAUGGGCGGAUGCGUCCCCAAGGACCAGUUAUGGGCGUUGGUGCACCCAGGUACACUACCAAUCUCUGUCCGGCGGCGCCCCCAGGUGUUCUCCCAGGGGCCCUCUCAAUGA